GGUUCCCUGACCCUAGGGAAUGGAUGGUGCUCUUGCAUGGCAGCCGCUGGAGCCUAGAGUGGACAGCAAGUGUCAAGUCACUGACAGACCCUCUCUCUCUCACUCUCCUGGACUCCUUGCCUUCCUUUUGGUCACCAGAGAUGUUUUCCACCUGGGGGUCUGCCCUUCCCCAGUUUCAGGACUGAGAGCAUCCUGGAAGCCCCUUGACCUGCAAGGUGGUUUCACCCCAACAUCAGCGGAGUUGAAGCUGAGCAGCUACUCAUGUCCAGUGGCCAGCACGGAAGCUUCCUGGCAAGACCCAGCAAGAGCUGCCCCGGGGGCUUCACACUGUCUGUCAGGCGCCAUGAUGAGGUGACUCACAUCAAGAUCCAGAACACAGGUGACUACUACGAUCUGUAUGGAGGGGAGAAGUUCGCGACACUGGCCGAGCUGGUGCAGCACUACACAGGCCAGCAUGGGGGGCUGCUCCGAGAGCGUGGCGGGGCCCCCGUGGAGCUCCGGCACCCGCUGGGCUGCCAGGACCCCACGUCGGAACGGUGGUAUCAUGGGCAUCUGUCUGGGAAGGAGGCUGAGAAGCUGCUCAUGGAGAAAGGGCGUCCAGGCAGCUUCCUGGUUCGGGAGAGUCAGAGCAAACCUGGGGACUUUGUGCUGUCAGUGCUCACACAGCAGCUGGACAGGGCAGACCGCCAGCUACGCGUCACCCACAUCAUGAUCCACUUCCAGCCAGAUGGGAAGUAUGACGUGGGAGGUGGUGAGCAGUUCGACACCCUUGGAGAUCUGGUGGAGUGCUACAGGAAGAACCCCAUGGUGGAGAGGUCAGGGGUUGUGGUGCAUCUCCGGCAGCCCCUCAAGGCCACGAGAAUCAGCGCUGCGAGCAUUGAGAGCCGUGUGCAGGAGCUCAGCGAGGCCACGGAUGCCAGCGAGAAGGCCAAGCAGGGCUUCUGGGAGGAGUUUGAGAUGCUGCAGCAGCAGGAAUGCCGGCUCCUGUACCCCCGGAAGGAAGGCCAGCGGCCGGAGAACAAGCCCAAGAAUCGAUACAAGAACAUCCUUCCCUUUGAUACCACUCGUGUCAUCCUUCAUGAUGUGGAUGACAGAGUGCCUGGAGCCGACUACAUCAAUGCCAACUACAUCAGGAGUGACCCAGAGGAGAAGCCAGGCCAUGGACUGGGCAAGGUGUACAUUGCUACCCAAGGCUGUCUGCCGACUACAGUGGCUGCUUUCUGGGCUAUGGUGCACCAGGAGAGCACACGUGUCAUCGUCAUGACCACCAGGGAGGUGGAGCGAGGCCGGAACAAGUGUUUCCGAUACUGGCCAGAGUUGCAUGGCAGCCAAGAGUACGGCCACCUGCAUGUGUGCAACAUGGCUGAGCACUGGGCCCAGGGCUAUUGUGUGCGGGAGCUGCAGGUGUGGAGGCCAGACCAGGAGGAGUCGCCGCGCACAGUGAAGCACUACCAGUACUUCAGUUGGCCGGACCACGGCGUCCCGGCCGAGCCCACCGGCGUCCUUAGCUUCCUGGACGAGGUGAACCGUGCCCAGAGCAGCAUGCCGGGGGCCGGACCCAUGGUAGUCCAUUGCAGCGCUGGCAUCGGACGCACUGGCACCAUCAUUGUGAUUGACAUCCUGGUGGACGUCAUUCGCAGGCAGGGGUUAGACUGCGACAUUGACGUCCCCAAGACGAUCCAACUAGUGCGGCGGCAGCGCUCGGGGAUGGUGCAGACCGAGGCGCAGUACAAGUUCGUGUACCUGGCGCUGCAGCGGUACAUCCAGGGAGAACAGCUGCGCCUCCGCAAGCCUGUGGGGGCGGGGCCGGGCCGGGGCGGAGCCUGCGCUGGCAUCACCAUGGUGACCAGGGGCCCCUCCCCUCAGCGUGAGCGGCCGGAGGAGCGCGGCUCACUGAACCUGGGCGUCUCGCCCGCCGACCCCGGCUGUAGCCCCGGACCCGCGCCGUCCCGGGCGCCGGCGGCGACCCGGGAGGCCCCCCGCCACGAGUAUGAGAACCUGCAGGGCCUAGAGCCGUAAGAGCCCCUCGUGCGCGUGCCCCGACGAGCCAUGCAAGAAGGCGGGAGCCCAGCAAGGCCGGCCUCCGCGUUCCUCC